AUGUGCGAGCUUCUUUACAGAAUUCACAAAUUCAGAAAUAGUUCACUUGAAGGAAAUGAAACAGCACUAAGGCGAGCGCGGCGGCAGCGAGCAGCAGCGCCUCGGGCAAAGCCGAAGCCAGCUACAGCUGUUGCAAAUCCAAUACUGUCCUUCCUGGAUGUCAAAUGCAUUUUAUUUCAAAAAAUUACAGAAAAAGGAGAUGAGCUGAAAAGAGUCUUUCAGCUGCUUGAUACCAGUCACAGCCUGACGGUGUCACAGAGUGAACCGAGAAGAAUUGUCACAACGUUCCUGCCGCCUCUCACGAGAGAACAGUUUCAAGAUGUACUGGCUCAGAUCCCUGUCACCAGCUCUGGUGCCAUUCCGUACCUUGAAUUCCUGUCCAGGUUUGGUGGUGUUGACUUAAAUAUAAAUGUCAUAAAGAGGGGAGGUGGAAUGAAACAAAUUGCUGUCGGGACAAUAAAAGAACUUGAAGUCCAAGUAGGAGAAAAGAUUUUCAAAAACAUUAAAACUGUUAUCAAAGCCUUUAAACUCGUUGAUGUUAACAAGACUGGUCUGGUCCAACCAUGUGAGCUGAGGAGGGUUCUGGAAACCUUCUGUGUGAAGAUGAAGGAUGAUGAAUACAAAAAGUUUGCAAAACACUAUAACAUUGAUAAAGAUACUGCAGUGGAUUAUAAUGUUUUUUUGAAGAACCUCAGUAUAAAUAAUGACUUGAAUCUUAGAUAUUAUAUGGAAAAUCAAGAGGUCUCCUGGGAGAAUCAACAAGCCAAAAAUUCCAAAAAGGAAGUGCUUCCCAAUUCUGUUUCAUCUGAAGAAGUCUGGAAAAACUGCUCCUUAGAUGAAAUUGAGAGGGCCUUUUGCCAUGAGCUUUUGAAGUCCUAUGAAAAGGUCGGGAAAGCCCUGAGUGCAGGAGACCCCUCCAAAAGUGGGUACAUUUCUUUGAAUUACCUGAAGUUUGUCCUCGACACCUUUGUAUACCGAUUACCAAGAAGAAUUUUUAUCCGGCUAAUGGAAAGACUUGGACUUAAAACCACCACUAAAGUCAAAUGGAAGCAAUUUCUAACAUCAUUAUAUGAGCCUCAGUGGCUGGAAGUUAACAAUAAAAUUCCCCUGACAAAAAGAAAUAGGCAGGAAAAGUUAGUCAUGAUGCUUGUCCACAUCCCUGCUCUACCCCAGCACUGCAGCCGCUCAAAACUGCUGCAGAAGUCCCGCCCGUGGCAGUGAAACCAGGUUCCGCAUCACCUCUAGAAACCAAUCUCACAAAGAAGACAUUAUCACAAAGUUAUUUAGAUAUGAAGAUCACUAUACAUCAUUGAAGAAAGAACUACUGGUCAACACUAAACCCGAUGGACAGAUAAGAGGGGAAGAAUUGUGACAUAUUCUAAAUGGCAUGGUUGUAAAAAUCAGUGAUUCGGAAUUCAAAGAACUGAUGCAAACACUUGACCCUGGGGGCACAGGAUUGGUCAAUGUCAACACGUUUAUCGAGCUGCUUGAAGAGAACCCUAGGAUAAGAAAAACAUGCUCCUCUACAGACACCAAGGUGCCACUCCUCCGGGCUUAGGAUUCAGAUAUAUGUGAACAUGAAUCUGACUUAGGAGAUUACUGCAGUCCCAGGAACUGUGAAUCUGAAUCCCUUGGAUGGCACGGCCUUUGACAAGAUGCAAAAAUGAAUAGGCCAGCAAUGACUCCUCAGACUCCAAUCCUUUCGAAAAGUAACUUGGACAGCUUCUUUACAACUGCCAAGGAGUGCCUGCGACAUUUCCCCUGCCAACUGAAGGAAUCCUUCCCGGGACUUUCUGCAUUGAAAGAGCGCACUGGAGAACAUAUUGGGAAAUGCAAGUCAUGACAAGAAUAUUCUUGGAGCAGUGAAAUCUCCCAAAAGCAAUAGUCGCAACAGUGCCCCCUCCUCACGUUGGAGAUGAGCUGUAUACACGGGGGCUGUAAGCGUGGCAUGGGCACGUUCAGAAGGAAGUGCUUUGACAUGUGCGUGUCAUUUCUAGCAUCCCUAGUCUGCCUUCUUCAAAACAGACACCGACAGGGAUGGCGUCAUCAACAUGCGUGAUCUUCACAGACUGCUACUGCACUUACUGCUCAAUCUUAAAGACGGGGACUUUGAGCGUUUCCUGGGCCCCCUUGGCUUGAUACUCAGCGUCCCUUUGAAUUUCCAGGAAUUUCGGAACCUGUGUGAGCAGAGACCCUUCAGCUCAGAUGACGCUCCUCAAAGACUCCUCAGCACAGCACGGGCUCCUUGCGAUGCGGGCUCUGCUGCACUGCUCACCAUCAUUCUGCAGGACCUAGAGCAGCACAGAACAAGAGUUUGUGUGUGUUUAUAACUGACAGACUGGCUGACAGGAAGGCUGGAUCUGACUGAUCGUCAAGAUCCGAAGAGCCUGGCAAUAGGAGAGGAAGUAAUAACUUCUGGAAAACGCUAUAGAAAAACCUUCUGACCUCUCUAGAGAAGACAAACCAAAACAGAAGGUUGCAGAUUCAGAACUAGCUUGUGAACAGGCUCAUCAGUAUCUUGUUACCAAAGCAAAAACCAGAUGGUCAGACUUGUCUAAGCUGAGAGCCGAGUCCCCUGCGUCGCUGAGAUGAUAACCUCAGGCAGUGUGUGCUGCAGCCGCAUCGCCCAGGCUCUGGUUUACCCCUUUGCCAAUGGCUCUCUUUGAACCCUCACUGGUCGGUAGAAGAAUCCAGGUCCCAUACCGGAGAUGACUACUGUUGCAGGAACCGCGGGAACUAUGAACACGGAGUUGGGACUCCGAGACGUUUGAAUUUUAUAGAAACUGAUAAUGAGGGCAACGGCAUCCUUCGAUGGUGGGACAUAAAGAAUGUGCCGUAUGCUUUCGAUAUUCCCCUCACUCCGAGAGAAUUUGAAAAGCUCUGGAUGCGGGAAAGCAACCGGGCCAGCAGGCUGGUCUUCAGGAGCAUGGAGAACCAGGGUGAGCACUUGGCACCGAAUGAGACCAGAGCGCCUGGCAUUUCCAGGAAACCAGGAGUUCCAGCCCAUGCUUUUACUGUUUUAGAGAACGAAGCCACUCUCCAUGGGCUUAACUGUGAUACAACUAGUUCAACAGACAGAUCCGCAGUGGAUAAAGGACAAAAGGACCUCUCCCCUUUGCCUGAAGAUUGAAAUCAAUGUUGCACAACUGUUUUAGGGAUAAGUAAUUUGUUGGAGGAAAAUAACCAAACUUUUGGCAACUUCGAGUGGUUUCCCAGGGGUGUCUUAAACUGAAAACAGCAUCUAAUAUUGGUUACAUUUUUCAAAAUGUAUUUUAGAUUUACUGGUGUUUGAAUCAGGCCCCCAGUUGAAGUACUCCCUGUGUAGAUGCCUAAAUUUCAAGGUGCACUAACAAGUUCCAAGUUCUGGGUCCACUGGUAAAUUGCUUUGUCCUUCAUUAUAUGUUAGCUGCCACUAGCAUUCCCCGCAGGGGGUCUACCAGCGCUGUGUGUCCUCGCAGGCGCAAGCUCACCAAGCAGUUGAUGUAAUUUUUUAGCUUUACAUCUGUUCAAACUGGAAGGCUGAAAUGUUGGCUGAGUUUAGAAUUAGGUGGGCUGCUUUGUGUCUAAUUUAGAAAAGCAACUUGAAGUUCUUAUAAAAUCCUUAUUUUUUUAGAUCAGUUCCAACAUAGGGCCCAUUUAGACUUUUUAUUCACAUUCUUUUUCAGAAGAUUUAGUAGGUCCUCAUGAGUAAUCCAGAGAUUGGGGUGCACUUGGCAAAUAUAUGGACUCCCCACUAUCUAGGCCUUUUGGACGAUGACUGUGUGCUCCCGGUGCUCAGGGACCUGUCGGGGGACAGGAAGUGUCGCCCUUGGUAAGUGCCAGAAGAAGGAACAGGCCAGCAGGGUGGGAGGUACAAGCAAAGGUCCUGGGGACCAUGGCAGAGUGAGCAGGAAGCUGUCGUGGCCCGUGACGUGUUCCGAGGGGUUACAGUGGCGACGGAGGACUGCCUGGCCAGGGGAUGGAUAGUGCGGCUUCUGUAAGCAGCAGCCGGGGGCUCCCAAGGGAGAAAGGAAGAGCAGGGGUCACCGGGCUGCAGCCCUUACUUUGGGGUGUCACUAGCCAGCAGUGGGGACAACGGGGCUCAGGCCAUGCUGUAGGGAUAUGGAUCAGGAAACAGUUCAGAGAAGGGAUUGGGUCGGGUGGGCCCUGGGAGCCUGCUGUCCAUCAGGGUGGGGCAGGACUAGCCGGCAGCUGUGUGCCAGCCACAGGAAGGAGAGGUGUUGGCGUCAAGUGUCCCCCUCGAGGGCUCCUUGUGCAGCAUGAGUGCUCACACAUUCCUCAUCCUGAAGCAGAGACUGAGCAGUUUCUACUCUUCCGGGAGGCGGAUGCUCACUGCUGCUUUUGGCUCAAGUUUCUUACACAUUUAUUAACAUCAUUAAAUGUACAAAUGUCUGCCCUGUGCUGUGCGCUGUUUGAGGCCAGAAUCUCACCCACUUUUGUUUGUGUGCCGUGGGUGGUGAUGACCAAAGAAGGGGGGAAGAAUAGAAACAAAACAAAAGCAUUUAUUUGGGGUCUCAGAAUUGCGAUUCCAGGGGCACAGAUUCAGGUAGCAACCCGAAUUGUGUUCCCCAGGGAACCAAAGUUAGGGGAUUUAAAGACAAAAGGGAGUUCUCGUAUUCAUUGUUGACAAAGAAUUUUGAUUGGUGUUGGUGGCAGAAAACUAAUCUUGGCUGAACGGACUCGGUUGCUAGGGCUAUCGCUAAGCAAAGUCUUUUAAUGUAGCAAGUUACUAACGUUCAGGCAGAAUCCUUGGAAUUAUUUGUGAUUUGGCCCAACUCACAGUUCAUGGUUUUAUCUGGUGAGACAUGGUCAAGGCCCACCUCCUUAAUGACCUUCCACCGCCAUUUAAAGGCCCUGACGCUGAUGAGCGGUGAAGGGCAGAGGCUUUGCAGCCAAACAUGUGGUCGUGACUCUUGCCCCCACCCCUUGCCCUGCGUGGCCCCUGUCAAGUUACCUAACUUCGGUCUGCCUCCCUCUGCUCUGCUGCGUUAGGUCCAGUGUGCUGGCCAGUGUGGGCAAACCGCGGAAACAGGCAAGGCUGACAGCUCAGGGGCUGGCCCUGGUGCUGACCUCGCGGUCUAGUGUGGGUGUCUAGUGUGCUGGCUCUGCCUGCACAUCACUCAGGGACCAGGAGGCCCGCCAACCCCUGGAUGUUUUGGGUCUACCAGCGGAGAAGGCAGAGGGUGCAGAGGACUGUCUGGACCGGGCCAUCACGUGGCCAGACUCCCUUCACGUUGCUGCACCCGUUUGCAGGAGAGACUGGGCGAAGUAGGCUGCAUGUGUGUCCAGGGAAGAGAAACAGAUGGGGGAACUCACCAUGGGUCUGCCACCCAUGGAAUUACCUCCGGGCCUCGAGAGGGGAGGCAGGGUGUUGGGGACCAAGGACACCCUAGGAGCUUAUCCACUAGGGUCCAGGUGGGAAAACAAAAACCACUCCAACAUUUCUGCCAAGGCAGGUUUACCGCAGUGACCGAUCACAAAGAUGUCAGAAGGGCCGGAAAUCUGAAGGGGGAUUGUGGCCAGGACGCUGCUGGCCCCAUGGGCUGGAAGAACAAGAGAGGAGCAGGGGUUACCCAGAGAUCAGGAAACUGGCCCCCACUGGUCUGCAGGAGAGCAGGGAACGUAUUUCUUGGGGAUGAGAAGGUUGCCUCCCACUGUUUUGAUGCUGACUUGCCUGCUGGAAUCCUCACCCUCAGUGGCCCUCCUGGCCUGCUCCUCGCAGCACCAUUUGCUGACAGGACAGCUACCGGCCCCCAGCCCGCCCUGCUCCCUCUACAUCCAGAGGCACCUCCCAAAGCAGGAGGCCCUGAGCAGCCAGAAGGCAGGGGCCAGCCCUGAGUCACCCCGGCGCAGCCACCCAAACAGCAGGAGGGUGUCCUCCCACGGGGGGGCAAGUGAGUGGGGACCCCAGGGAGUCGGAGCAGCUGGGGCCAACGGACACCCUCUGCCAGUUCAGAGCAUCUGAUUGUAACAGUAGGAAAGCCCCCAAAAUUAGGCAGGUGGAAGUGAGUAGGAAAAUAAUGUUCUGCUCUUUGGAAAACACAAACUUAGAAAACACGGCUGAAUAUAGGCAAGAAAAAAAUUAUCAAAUCCAUUAUUCACUCAGCAUUGAUUAGGCACCUGUGAAGUGUACUGUUUCAGAGCCUCGGAUUAGUCUGCAGGGCCUAGUUUAUGCUGUGGAAGUAAAUUAAUGAAUUAACCCACAAAUCUCCAUAGCUUAGCACAAUGAUGCUUUAUUUCUCAUUCACCUGAAGUCUGCUGCAUGUCUAAUGGCUUUUCUGAACAAUUCUCUUCAAAGUGGUGACUCAGGGAUCUGGCCAACUUCCGGCCUGUGGCGCCAUCAUCUCCACAGGGGUCCUUCUCACCAAAUGGGGACAGCAGAGCCCCACAAUCCCACAGGGGCUUUGCUGGGCUUCAGCCUGGAAGCCACACACUUCUGCCUGCAUCCCGUUGCCCAGGGCUGGUCGGUGGCCCCAGGUAACUGCACAGAGGCUGGACAGAGUGAGGAACGCGUGGAUGCCAAGUGAGCUGUGUCACAGGCUGGCUUUCCAAGGAACAAAGGAAUAAAAUAUUCAAGCCUGCAGGAGACCGUCAUGAAAGGAAACCUGCUAACGGAAGCCAGCUUAGGACUGUUAAGGAUGAGUUUCCGGAGCAAUAUGUUUGAUUUGGUUUGGUUUCAGAGAGGCUGUCAAGAAUAAAUGAUGA